ACCAGCAGGAGCACCAUGAGGAGCAGGAGGAGGUGGCGCAGGAGCCCAGGAGGCGCAGGGUGGGCUACAGCAUGCAAAGGGAGGUGCUGGAUGAACUCAAUGUGGAGGACAUAGCCGAGAAGGCCCAGCCCAAGAACGUACUGGUGGAGAGGCUUAAAGAGUCUGUAAGGUGUUCCGGUUCGCGAGCGAAGAGCUGUUUCUUCUCCUGUGUGCCGCUGUUCUACUGGCUGCCCCGUUACUCCCUGAAAGACAACGCCAUCGGAGACCUCAUCUCUGGCAUCAGCGUGGGCAUCAUGCAUCUGCCACAGGGUAUGGCCUAUGCUCUGCUGGCCGCGGUGCCUCCAGUGUUCGGCCUGUACUCCUCCUUCUACCCCAUCCUCAUCUACUUCAUCUUCGGCACCUCCAAACACAUCUCCGUCGGUACAUAUGCGGUGAUGAGUGUGAUGAUCGGCAGCACUACGGAGCGUCUGGCUCCUGACUCUGACUUCAGCUACUGGGACGAGCUGACCAACUCCACUAUACUGAACGAGACGGAACGGGACAGCGCCAGGAUCCAAGUGGCCGCCGCGGUCACCUUCAUGUCUGGAUUAUUCCAGCUCCUGCUGGGCCUGGUGCAGUUUGGCUUCGUGGUGACGUACCUGUCAGAGCCGCUGGUGAGGGGCUACACCACAGGGGCCGCCAUCCACGUCAUCGUCUCCCAGCUCAAAUACACCUUCGGCAUCAACCCCCAGAGAUACAGCGGACCCCUCUCCAUGAUAUAUACGGUGCUGGACGUGUGCUGGUUGCUACCGGAAACUAACAUCGGCACGCUGGUGGUGAGCAUCGUGGCCAUCGUGGGGCUCAUUAUUGCCAAGGAGCUGAGUGGCCUGGUGGCCAAAAAACUACCCAUUCCCAUACCUGUGGAGCUACUGGCUAUAAUUCUUGCCACAGUCAUCUCCUGGCAAGUUGACCUGACGGGCAAAUACGAAGUGGAGGUGGUGGGGGAGAUUCCAUCAGGACUUGCGCCCCCCAAACUCCCAAACGCCUCUCUGUUUGGAGCGGUGAUCGGCGAUGCGUUUGCUCUGGCCGUGGUGGGCUACGGAAUCGCCAUCUCUCUCGGCCGCACCUUCGCCCUCAAAUACGGAUACAAAGUGGACAGCAACCAGGAGCUGAUUGCUCUGGGUCUCAGCAAUGCCGUGGGGGGCGUGUUCCAAUGCUUUGCCAUCAGCUGCUCCAUGUCCCGCACCAUGGUCCAGAUUAGCACCGGAGGGAAGACACAGGUGGCUGGGGCACUCUCAGCUGUCGUCAUCUUAGUCAUCCUGCUGUGGAUCGGCUCUCUGUUUGAACAGCUUCCAAAGGCUGUGCUGGCAGCCAUCAUCUAUGUGAAUCUGCAUGGGAUGAUGAAGCAGUUUGGGGACAUUAAGGUCCUGUGGAACACCAACAAGGUGGACAUGGUGGUGUGGGUGGUGACCCUGAUCCUGACCGUGGUGCUGAAUCCUGACAUGGGCCUGGCAGCCUCCAUCGCAUUCUCCAUGCUCACAGUCAUCUUCAGGACGCAGAUGCCCAAGUAUUCCCUGCUUGGACAGGUUCCUGGAACGGAUAUUUACAGACCCGUGGAGGACUAUAAUCAGGUGAAACAGGUUCCCGAUGUGGUCAUCUUCCGCUCCUCAGCCACUCUCUACUUUGCCAACGCCGAAAUGUACACAGAGGCCCUCGCAGAGAAGAGCGGGGUGGACAUCACUAAGCUGCUGUCCCACAAGAAGAAGCUGGAGGCCAAGAGGAAGAGGAGGGAGAAGAAGGAGGCCAAGAGGGCCAAGAAGCUGGCCAAGCAAGCAGGACACAACGACAAGUCGGACUCUGAUGACUCAGGCGAGGAGGGGAAGGAGCCGCAGCCGCAGCAGGUGGUGUUCAGCAUCGAGCCCGACACCAAGCCAGCGGAGGCGGAGCCGGACCUCCCCCAGGCCGUCAUCCUGGAGCUCAGCGCAUGCAACUUCCUGGAUACCGUCGGAGUCAAGACCGUCCGUAACAUUCAUAAGGACUAUGGUGAGGUGGGAGUGAACGUACUACUGGCUGGAUGUCAAAGCGGCGUGGUUGACAGCCUGGAGAAGGGAGGCUUCUUUGGGGAGAAGGUGACCAAAGAAAUCCUCUUCACCUCCGUUCACGACGCUGUGUUGUACUGCAAGGCAGAAGCGCAAGAUGAGGAGGUCAAAGCCACGCUGCUGUGAAUUAUGGGUAGUUGCGGACAAAGAAACUCAAGCAACAUGUGCUCUCACACACCAACACACACACACACAUACACACAUACACACAGGGACGGCCCGAGCCUUUAUGGGGCCCUAAGCAAAAUUUCACCAGGGGCCCUCAUACCACCACCUACUCAGCAUGACAUGCU